UAGCACAAUACUAAAUCCAGCUCUCCUGUAAUAAUGGAGUGUCAUUUAUUAGAGGAUAAGGAGGUGUGUAAUAAUAUCAGUGUGUAAAAUUUUAAGAAUGUUCCUGAUUUUUUCUUCUUCUGCAGGUUUGCUGUUUCAGGAUCCUGUUGUCUGUAGAUUUACUGAGAGUAAUCAGUGUUAUGUAGCUCUGGGACAACGACUGCACCUGCCAAUGCCCAUGGAGGAUGGGUUUGACCUAAAGAUCAUAGACAAGACAUCUACCCCUCAUUUAAUUUUAAGAUAUAGAAAAACCCAAAGUAACCCACCAAAACCAAAUCCCCCAAGAUGGCAGUUUGGUAAUGAUAAUAAAACUAUGAUACUAACCAGUGCAGAGAGGAAUGACUCUGGAACAUACACUUUAGACACCUAUGAUGCAAACGGGAAUCUUAAAGGCAAUUAUACUCUCCAGCUAAACAUUGAAGCUGAGGUGUCCUCAGUGAAAUUGUGGUACAGCUGCUUGUCCCCUGGAGUCAUGAAAGUGUACUGUUCUGCUGAUGGAGACAAUCUCCACUUCAACUGGACUCCUGAUUUAAACACACUCCCUCAACUGGAGAACGGGAUCAGCACUCUCAUACUGAAUAAAGAUCAUCAUGGAAACGUCACCUGUCGUGUAGAAAAUCAUGUCAGCUAUAACUACAAUACCACUCAACUCCACCCAUGUCCUGGUUUGCUGUUUCAGGAUCCUGUUGUCUGUAGAUUUACUGAGAGUAAUCAGUGUUAUGUAGCUCUGGGACAACGACUGCACCUGCCAAUGCCCCUGGAGGAAAGGUUAGACCUAAAGAUCAUAGACAAGACAUCUACCUCUCAUUUAAUUUUAAGAUAUAGAAAAACCCAAAGUGACCCACCAAAACCAAAUCCCCCAAGAUGGCAGUUUGGUAAUGAUAAUAAAACUAUGAUACUAACCAGUGCAGAGAGGAAUGACUCUGGAACAUACACUUUAGACACCUAUGAUGCAAACGGGAAUCUUAAAGGCAAUUAUACUCUCCAGCUAAACAUUGAAGCUGAGGUGUCCUCAGUGAAAUUGUGGUACAACUGCUUGUCCCCUGGAGUCAUGAAAGUGUACUGUUCUGCUGAUGGAGACAAUCUCCGCUUCAACUGGACUCCUGAUUUAAACACACUCCCUCAACUGGAGAAGGGGAACAGCACUCUCAUACUGAAUAAAGAUCAUCAUGGAAAUGUCACCUGCCAUGUAGAAAAUCAUGUCAGCUAUAACUACAAUACCUCUGAACUCCACCCAUGUCCUGGUUUGCUGUUUGAGGAUCCUGUUGUCUGUAGAUUUACUGAGAGUAAUCAGUGUUAUGUAGCUCUGGGACAACGACUGCACCUGCCAAUGCCCAUGGAGGUUGGGAUUAGAGAGCGUCACCAAGUUGUGAGUUCCCCUUGCUUCACUGCCUCAACCUGGAGGCCGUCCACCUCCUCCAGUGACUGUCCAGAGCCCAUGCAAGUUGGCCGUACUCGUCUCUCCGCAGCUGAAAGGGAGCGUAGAAGGAGGGACAAGUGCUGCAUCUACUGUGGCAAGCCUGGCCAUUUCCGAGCAUCACGUCCCGAGCUCUUGGGAAAAGGACCGCCCCGUCCAGCCGAGGGAGGGUUGCGACGGGGACUACCCUCUCUCCUGAACUUCCCGGCCAAGGAGUCUACAUCACUGUCUCCAUCUCCUGGGGUGAGUCCGUCCACUCUUGCCAGGCCUUGUUAG